AUGUGGACCAAGAAAGAAGCAAUGGAUUUAGAAAUAGCCCCGGAAAGAAACAUCCCCAUCCCGCCUGCUUCAUCGCAGGAGAUGUGCACGGGGUCGACGCGCUCAUUGAACGACUUUCUACGGAUCUCGCGAACGCUUAUCGACGACAAACUACGCACCAGACUCAAUAGCAUUUUAAACCAUCACGAGACGCAGUCGCGCGGGUCGAUUUUGCCGCGGUCGGAGUCUUGCCAGCAAUUUGUGGACGAGCUGCUGCUCCCACAAUGGAGAGCCAGAACAAGCCGCAUCCAAUUCUGUCUGAACCAUGCCAGUGAGCUGGUAAAGGAAGUGGAGACCAAAGAGGUGCAACUGGACGAGGAGGAACGAAACAGACUUACCAGAGUCGAUCCUUACGCAUUGAAAGACCUAACCAGAGACUUGAGAGAGAAAAGAGAGGUGGCAGAGCAGAUCCGAAAUCGAUACCAAAACGAACUGGAAAUUGAGGAAAUCAUCGAAGGAAGAAGCAAAAGCCUUAUCAAAGAUUUAUGUGGAGAAAACAUCCUGUUUUCUAAACAGUAA